CCCAGUCCCUCCCAGUGCCCCCCAGUGCCCCCCCAGCAUGUCCUCCUGCGCCGAGCUGCUCCGUUUCCAGCUGCCGGGCCACGAGGCGGCGGCGCUGCGCUCCAUGACGCGCCUGCGGGCCGAGGAGCGCUUCUGCGACGUCACCAUCGUGGCCAGGAGCCUUCGCUUCCGCGGCCACCGAGUCAUCCUGGCCGCCUGCUCGCCCUUCCUGCGCGACCAGUUCCUGCUGAACCCGGCGGCCGAGCUGCGCGUCUCGCUGGCCCACAGCGCCCGCGUGCUGGCCGACCUGCUGCUCUCCUGCUACACCGGCGCGCUGGAGUUCGCCGGCAGGGACCUGGUGAAUUACCUGACGGCCGCCAGCUACCUGCAGAUGGAGCACGUGGUGGAGAGGUGCCGGGGGGCUCUGGCCAGGUUCAUCCAGCCCUCCCCCACGGCGCCGGUGCAAGCGCCGAAGCCGGAGGAGGAUGAGGAUGAGGAGGACGAAGAGGACGCCACGGAUGUUUGUAUCGUGAAGGUGGAGCCGGCCACGCGGCGCAGGGGGAGGAGGUGGCCGGCGGUGGCCGGCGGCGAGGUGGUCGCCCAGAGCGGAGGGGGAGUGACCGCCGUGGUGGCCGCGGCGCCGGACAACGCCACGGCGCAGCUGGGGGUGGUCAAGGCGUGCUACAGCCUGGCCGAGGAUGCCGAGGGUGAAGGUUUGGUCAUCUUCCCCGGCGGUGGUGGUGGCGGCAACAACAACGCCGUGGCCACCAGCGAGGAGCCGCCGGGCAACCAAGGAGGUGUGGGCGCCUCGGCCACCGCCACGCCAACACCGUCAUCGUCAUCAUCGUCAUCAUCAUCGUCGUCAUCGCGGUGCGGGAAGUGCGGGGAGAGCUUCCAGGGCGUGGAGAAGUUGGUGUUCCACAUGCGGGCGCAGCACUUUGUGUUCAUGUGCCCGCGCUGCGGCAAGCAGUUCAACCACAGCAGCAACCUGAACCGGCACAUGAACGUGCACCGCGGCGUCAAAUCGCACGGCUGCGGCGUCUGCGGCAAGAGCUUCACCCAGAAAUCCACCCUGCACGACCACCUGAACCUGCACAGCGGCGCCCGGCCCUACAGGUGCUCCUACUGCGACGUCAGGUUCGCCCACAAGCCGGCAAUCCGGCGGCACCUGAAGGAGCAGCACGGCAAAACCACGGCGCAGAACGUUCUGGAAGCGGGAGGGGCCGAGGGGGGCGUGGUGAUGCGUUGAUGUUGGGGUGGGGGAGGGCCCGGCG